UGCUAUAAAACCUGAUGUGAAGACACAGAAACACAGAGAAGAGACGACGCAGCAGGACGGACACACUCGACUCCAGACUGAAGAUGCAGUUCUGUGGCUGUCUGAUGUUUUGCUGCCUGCUGUCCAUCACUGUGCUCCACGGCAGCGUCGACGGCUUCCGAGUCAAACAGGUGUCCCAGCGUGUAGACUGGCCCGUGUCCAGGUCUCUGGCGGCUCUUCGGCUUCGUCCCCGAGUGGUGAAGACCGGGGAGGAGCUAACGGCAAAGCUGCUUCGACUGGAUGACCUGGCGCCGCUGGAGAAUGAUGUCAUGGAGCCAAAGAGGAAGAGGAGUUUCCCUGGCAACAACGCCCCGCUGGACCGUCUGUCGAUCAGCUCCAUGGAAACCAAACAAGCAACAAACAAGCAGAGCAAGACAGUUGAGUUGCCACGGCGACGAGUCAAUCCGCCUCCCAUCGACAGGAUUGGAAUGAGUCGUCUACCAAACAGUCGAGGAUAGACCACGCCCCCUCCCUCCGACAGCCCGACCCCUCUUAACGGCUCCCUCCUCUGGACAGAGGAAUCACCACAGAUGCAUGAAACACA